UUCGGGUCGGAUCCUUGCUUGGACCCGAACCCGGAUCCGUUAACCAGACUUGAGAUUUUUAGGGCUUGGCCUCAGUGCCUUAUCGGGCUCUCGCUGGCUUCCUCCUGAGAGCCACUCACCGCCGCUGCCGCCGCCUGUGGAGUUGGAUCAUGAGCUUUAGCUUCUUCUCUUUUGCUAGUCAGGGAAGCCUUUGGGAACCUUUUUGUCAGCUUUGCUUGGUUUGAGUUUUUUUUGCAAGAUUUCAUGGAACUGGUUAUUGGGCAAACUCAGCGGAGUGUGCUUGCGUAUGCAUACUCCCGAUCACAUGGAUUUCUAAGACAUUGCCAUACAUUGAAGAAGUUGUCUGUCUUCAGGACAGCUGCAUUUCAUAGCACUGCUGGUCUUAAUAAUCUAUCUGAUCGUAGAAAUGGUCCACUCACCCUCUCAAGCCUUGGAUUUAAAUUUGAGGAUGAUAAGUGUGAAGCUAAAAAGAAGGAAACAGGGAGUGAAAUUCGGAGUAUUAAGUCAGGAAUGAAGCUUUCCUUAACUUAAAAUAAACCAGUUAAAAAUUUGUCAAAGAAUGCCAGUGUGAAAAAAGCAGUGGAAAUCGAUGGAGCUCCCUUUGCUGCAAAGACAUUUUCGGAGCUCAAUUUGUCACCAUUGUUGAUUGAUCGGCUGGAGAAAGUAGGUCUGACCGUUCCAACUGAUGUCCAGUGUGCAGCUAUCCCGACAAUUUCACAGAAUCAUGAUGCCAUCAUUCAGUCGUAUACUGGCUCUGGAAAGACACUGGCUUACCUUCUUCCUAUACUGUCCGAAGUAGGACCACUCAGGAAAUGCAAUGAAGAAGAUUUGUCGGAUAAAAAAUUAGGAAUUGAAGCGGUAAUUGUUGCCCCCUCGAGGGAGCUUGGCAUGCAGAUAGUGAGAGAGGUGGAAAAACUUUUGGGUCCUGAAGAUAAAAAGCUUGUGCAGCAGCUUGUGGGUGGUGCAAACCCAUCCAGGCAAGAAGAAGCUCUGAAGAAGAACAAGCCGGUGAUUGUUGUUGGAACUCCUGGUCGUAUUGCAGAGAUAUCAGCAGCUGGAAAGCUACACACUCAUGGUUGCCGUUUUCUUGUGUUGGAUGAGGUUGAUCAGCUUCUAUCCUUCAACUUCCGCGAGGAUAUGCGUAGAAUACUAGAGCAUGUUGGAAAGCAGAAAGGUUCCCAGCCAAGCUGCACGGUUGGGCCACUGGCAAGACGAUCGGAGCGCCAGACAAUCAUGGUUUCGGCUACGGUUCCAUUUUCUGUUAUUCGUGCAGCCCGAAGCUGGGGCAGAGAUCCACUUCUAGUCAGGGCUAAAAGUGUUGCACCUCUUGAUUCAAUCUCUGUCACUGCACCUGUCUCCCUUGAUCAAAAUUCUAACACUGCCUCCGCACCAAAUUCAGUAACUCAAGGAGCAGCUGAUAGCUUGCCACCAGCCUUGAAACACUACUACUGUAUUGCCAAAGGACAGCACAAAGUCGACACUUUGAGGAAAUGUGUUUAUGCGCUGGAUGCAAAGUCAGUCAUUGUUUUCAUGAAUCACACAAAGCAGUUGAAAGAUGUAGUCUUUAAGCUGGAGGCACGCGGAAUGAAGGCUGCAGAGUUGCAUGGUGAUAUUGGAAAACUUGCUAGAUCAACAACUCUGAAGAAAUUCAAGAAUGGCGAAAUGAGAGUACUUGUGACCAACGAGUUGUCAGCGAGAGGUUUAGAUGUUUCUGAGUGUGAUCUUGUUGUAAAUCUUGAACUUCCAACUGAUGCCAUUCAUUAUGCCCACCGCGCUGGUCGGGCAGGUAGGCUUGGAAGAAAGGGCAGCGUCGUCUCAGUAUGCGAACAACCAGAAGUAUUUGUUGUGAAAAAACUGCAGAGGCAGCUUGGUGUACCCAUUCAGUCUUGUGAAUUUGCUGAAGGAAAGCUUGUAAUUUGUGAAGAAGAAGAAACUGAGAAGCUGGUUGAGGUUUCAGGAUGAUAAAUUUCUUUGUAACCUGACAAAUAUAGUGAUUAUGUCCUUCCAUGGUGACAUUUUCAUCUUUUAAAAAAUUUUGUUUCUUGAUGUA